AUGAAAGUGGAUGUCAAACUCGAGCGAGAAUAUGGAGAGGCGAGGAAAGCGGCUGUCCUCUCGAUUCUCUUGGCCACUCUCUCCACGAUUCUCUUCAUUUCCUCUUUUCCGGUCUUCAUCUAUUUACAGCAAUCAUUCAGAAACGAUCUCGAUCAAGAGUUGACGAGUUGCCGCCUCGAUGUGUAUUUGUUAUGGAGAGAGUAUGAAGAGUUGACGGUUUACCUCAACGUGAAACCGCGGUUGAAAAGAGAGGCACAAAUGAAUGAUGGAGAGAUUCAUCAUCACGUCGCUGCUCAUGGCGUCUCCGUGUUGUAUGGGACGAGGAUUGGCAUUCAACCAUCUUCUCACUUCUCAAACUCCCAACCCCAUCCCCCACCUCCACCAACCGACGAGCAAGUGGUGAUGACCGGGAAUGGGAUCGGAGGAAAACGAGUUGGCACAGGGAAAUCGGCGAGAGUGACCAGGAGAAAGGAUACUUCAAGAGGCUCAAAGCCUGAUCGUCGCUCGAGUAUUUCCCUGAUUUCCGGCGGUGAUUCGAUAGUGCCGAUCCCAUUGCCAAUUGUUGAUCCAUUGACCGGAAAAGUUCCAUUUCCACAGCCCCUUAUCGGCCUGCCCGCCGCAGCGGUGCCCGAGCAAAACGGUUUCCUCUUGCAGGAUAAAAAGUACAAAAUCCACUACAUCACCUCACCGACGAGGGAUCAAAUAAGGAAUGGAAUCAAAUUGGAAAAGAAAAAGACAAACGAACGGAGUGCUUCCAUCCCAACAAAUAGUAAGACUCAGCAGCGAAAAUCCCGGUACGAGCAAUUCCUCGUGCUUGACCAAACAACAACCGUUGCACCGAUUUUUGCGACUCUUGGCACAAAGCCGAGAGCACCGAUCGAGGUGGAAUACGAGGAUACGUGGAGCCAUUUCACACAAUCCUUUUCCUCAAGAGCUCCACCAUCAUUUGGCCCGAAACGACCCACCUCCACUCAGGCACCGAUCGUUCAGCCACAGAUCGAUCCACAAACUCUACCCUGGCAGGAUCCAUUGACUCAACAAUGGCCCCAAAUUGAGCCACAGUUCAUCCCGACAAUGUCGUUCUUUCCACCGCAAAAUGAGCACAAAGAAUUCGAUGAAGACGGUGGCUGCUGUGUGGGUGAGCCGGGUGAUCCCGGCCCGCCCGGGAUCGAUGGGGAUCCGGGCUUCGACGGUCUACCCGGCGAGGAGGGUCACGAUGGGCAAGAUGGACAAGAUUUCGGAGAGCUCCCGGUAGUGGAGUUAGGCGCCGAGGAGGACGGCUGGUGCAUGAUUUGCGAACCAGGAAUCCCUGGACCAAGAGGUCAACCGGGAGCUCGUGGCGACAGGGGUCCACCCGGACAGAUCGGACCUCAAGGUCCAGCUGGGCGCACAAAGAAAGGGGCAAAGGGACUACAAGGCCCAGCUGGAGUAGCUGGUCGACCUGGGAGGAAGGGUGAACCGGGUUCUGGCGGCAAGGUCAUUUACGAGGAGGGACCCUUGGGACCUAAGGGUCCACCCGGGACUCCAGGACUUCCAGGGCCACCCGGAGAGGAGGGGAUACAGGGUGUUGCUGAAGACGGGCCACUUGGAGAACGAGGCGGUCCUGGGAAUGCGGGAGUGCCUGGAAUCCCCGGGAUCCCAGGUCGACCCGGUCCCACUGGGAAUCCUGGACCCUCAGGAAGUUGCAAGCACUGCAAUCAACAACAAUCAUCGCAAAGGAGUCGACGGAAUCGUCGUCGGCUACGAUGGCGCAAUAAUCAC